UUACAUCAUUAUUUAAUUUGGUUCUUCCUAUGCUUCGCAGCGCAGGUUGUCACAGCUCAGCUCUUUGCUCAGUCGUGUGAUUUCGUCUCCGUGAAGUAGGAACAAAUAUUUUUAAAAUGGGAAGAAAAGUUGUUUUAGCGACCUGUACCCUGAACCAGUGGGCAAUGGACUUCGAAGGAAACUACGAAAGAAUCCUGAAAAGUAUGGCUAUUGCCAAGGAAAAGGGAGCCAGAUACAGAUUAGGUCCUGAGCUAGAAAUCACAGGUUAUGGAUGUAAUGAUCAUUUCUAUGAAUCAGACACAAACCUACAUUCAUGGCAGGUCUUGGCUAAGCUACUGGAAGCACCGGAGACUCAGGAUAUGAUCUGUGAUGUAGGAAUGCCGGUGAUGCACAAGAAUGUCCGCUAUAAUUGCAGAGUCAUCUUCCUCAACAGGAAAAUUAUCUUGAUCAAGCCCAAGACUGACAUGGCUAAUAAUGGCAACUACAGAGAGCUGAGAUGGUUUACUGGUUGGGCUAAGCUAAGGACUGUGGAGCAGCACUUCUUACCAAGGAUGAUCUCAGAUAUCACAGACCAGAUAACGGUUCCCAUAGGAGAUGCUGUGAUAGCAACACGUGAUACAUGUAUUGGGACUGAGGUGUGUGAGGGGUUAUGGACUGCAAACAGCCCUCAUAUAGCGAUGAGUCUGGAUGGCGUAGAGAUCGUUACUAACGGCAGCGGCAGCUUACAUCACCUCAGGAAAGGGCAUCGCCUUGUCGAUCUCAUUAAGAAUGCUACCUUGAAGUGUGGUGGUAUCUACAUGUAUUCCAACCUGCGGGGCUGUGACGGAGAAAGAGUCUACUACUACGGGGGUUCUAUGAUAGCUGUAAACGGAGACGUGGUCGUCAGGGGGGAGGAGUUUGCACUCGCUGAUGUUGAAGUGACGACAGCGACCCUUGACCUCGAAGAUGUAAGGUCGUACAGAGCGCAGGCAUCCAGUUCGUCCAUGGCCGCUACACGGUCGGAGGCUUUCCCUCGUAUUCAAGUCGACUUUUCGAUCUCCAACGACCGAGACGCUGAAGCGACUCCUCCAGUCCGGGACACUCUCAAGAUGUAUACAGCGGAAGAGGAGAUAGCCUUGUCUCCAGCCUGCUGGUUAUGGGAUUACCUUAGAAGAAGUAGGCAGGGCGGUUUCUUCAUUCCUCUGAGUGGUGGUAUAGACAGCUCAUCCGUUGCUUGCAUCGUUCAUUCUAUGUGUAGACUCGUUUGCCAGGCUGUUUUGGAAGGAGAUGAAAAGGUGCUUGCAGAUGUGAGGUCAUUGACCCGUGACCCUGAGUACACGCCCUCUGACCCUAGGGAGCUAUGCGGUCGAGUCCUGGUGACCUGUUACAUGGGAACGGUCAACUCCUCGACCGAGACGCGACAGAGGGCCGAAGACCUUGCCCGUCAGAUCGGAAGCCACCAUAAGUCUAUCAACAUAGACGAUGCUGUUACAGCCUCCGUAGGUAUCUUUGAGAAGGCAUCUGGUACCCAACCUAAAUUCAAAGCUUCGGGAGGCUCUCAACGAGAAAACCUUGCUUUACAGAACAUUCAGGCCAGAACUCGGAUGGUCCUGUCCUACCUGUUUGCUCAGCUCUCACUUUGGAGCCUGGAUAGACCCGGUGGCUUGCUGGUCCUGGCUUCAGCUAAUGUAGAUGAGAGUCUGAGAGGGUACUUCACAAAAUACGACUGUUCCAGUGCUGACCUCAACCCCAUAGGUGGUAUAAGCAAGACUGAUCUGAGAAGUUUCAUCAUCUAUGCCAUGAAGAAAUUCAACUUGCCUGCACUGCAAGGGAUAAUGGAUGCUCCACCCACUGCGGAACUGGAGCCAUUGGAGGCCGGCAAAGUGUCACAAACAGACGAGGUUGACAUGGGAAUGACGUACAGCGAGUUAUCCAUCUUUGGACGUCUGAGGAAGAUCAGUCUCUGUGGACCGUACAGCAUGUUCAUGAAGCUAGUCAACGAAUGGAAGGAGUCUUGUUCCCCUACACAGGUUGCUGACAAAGUUAAGCACUUCUUCCGUUCCUACUCUAUCAACCGCCACAAGAUGACUACCCUGACACCCUCGUGCCAUGCUGAGUCCUACAGCCCAGAUGACAAUCGCUUUGAUCUUAGACAGUUCCUCUACAAUGCUAAAUGGCCCUGGCAAUUCAAGUUCAUCGAUCAGGAGGCGGCACGUCUUCAAGAGAAACUAGAUGCCAAGAAUUCAUCUCACGAUGUCACAACCUCAUCAACCAAUCAGAGCGCACUCUCUGCCACCCAUGUGACCACCAUCACCAGUGUCGCAACCCAGCGGCGCUCCAGCGACGACGCCGAGAAACCCAUGGACGGCCAAUCUUCACCCGACAAGCAGACAGAGGUCAGCCCUCCAUUGAGAUUGACACGCAAGAGGUCAGGUGAGGUCACGGUUGGGGUCAGCCAGAAUAAGCGGGCCAGGUCGCCAAACGCCAACUCAAAUAACUCAAAUGGGGGUAAACCCUCACCAUUGAAACACAUUGGAAAUUGGAUAAGAGAGAGUGUUGGAUCUGUGUGAAGCUGAUCUACGUCCAUUGUGUUAAACAAAGUGUUUAAAAUGUAUAGAAAUUAACAAACUUGUGCAUGAUAUUAAAGAUAAAGUUGAGUUCUAGUCAUGUGAUUGCAUUGUGAAAGAAACGGUGUGGAAUCUAUCAGAAAAGGUUGAUCAUCUAGUAUAUAA